AGACGAACAAUUAAAUAUCGUCUCAUUUAAUAUUAUAUUUCUUGAUUAGGAGCGUAUUAUACAUCUUCUGAUCAUUUACCAUGGCAGCCAACAAGCCCAAGGCUGAGCCAAAGGUCAAAUCCCGCGACGAGUACACUGUUGGAUGGGUCUGCGCGUUGCCCAAAGAGCAGACGGCGGCCAUUGCCAUGUUGGAUGAACUACAUGCCGCCGUCCAAAAGCCUGCGAACGACCCCAACAGUUAUAGCCUUGGGUCCAUGGGCGAUCACAAUGUUGUCAUUGCUUGUCUGCCCAAAGGGCAGACCGGCAACUACUCUGCAGCGACUGUUGCCACUUGGAUGGUCUCUACUUUUCCACGCAUCAAAUUCGGCUUCAUGGUCGGUAUCGGCGGCGGCAUUCCUGCCAAAGUUAGGCUUGGUGAUGUCGUGAUCAGCGCGCCCACGGGGAAAUACCCUGGUGUGGUCCAGUGGGAUAUGGGGAAGGCAGAAAGUGGCCGAUUUCAACGAACAGGAUCGCUGAAUAACCCGCCCACCUUGCUUCUUACGGCUUUGGCAACCCUAGAAUCGUAUCAUGAGAUGAAUGAGCCUAGAAUGUUCGAAUACCUCGAGACGCUCAAAGAGAAAUGGCCAAGGUUGGCACCAAAGUACUUACGGUCGGAAUCACUCAAGGACGUGUUAUUCAAAGCAGACUACAACCAUGUCAAGGCGAAGAAAAGCGAUGAUGAGGAGGACGGCGAAGAAGAACGAGAAAAUUGCAAAAAUUGCAACCAGGAGAAAGUCUUGAAAAGAAGUCCUAGGGAAACUCGCGUGCACCACGGCCUGAUUGCAUCAGGUAGCCUGGUCGUCAAGGAUGGUAUUUCCAGAAACAGUCUCAAUAAGUACUUUGAUAACGAAGUUUAUUGCAUCGAGAUGGAAGCAGCGGGACUGAUGAACAAUUUUCCUUGCCUCGUCAUUCGCGGAAUCAGCGACUACGCCGACUCACACAAGAACGAUAGUUGGCAGGAACAUGCAGCGGCUAUGGCAGCAGCCUGCGCGAAGGAGCUUUUGCAGCAUGUAUUACCAGCUGAAGUUGAAAGACAGCCUUCGGCAAAGCUGGCGCUUGAUGACAGUUAUGUAGUCGUUGAACAAUUGAUUACAAUGGUUGACAGAAGCGAAGGAGAAAAAAUCUUCAACUGGCUUACGUCGAGUGAUUACAGUGUCCAGCAAAAAAAAUAUAUUAAAAUGCAUGAAAAGGGAACCGGCCAAUGGCUUCUAGACUCCGCCGAGUUUAAAACAUGGAUUAAGACUGAAAGACAGAUAUUAUUCUGUCCAGGGAUACCUGGAGCUGGAAAAACAAUUAUUACAGCUCUUGUUGUGCAAAAUCUUGCUUCACGGUUCGCACAUGAUCCGAAAGUGGGAAUUGCUUAUACUUACUUCAACUUUUGGCAACAAGAAGAGCAUUGGAUCGAAGACUUAUUUGCAGCGCUGCUAAAGCAAUUGUCUGAAGGCUUAUUUCCCUUACCAGCAAGCUUGAAGGCUCUCUAUUAUGAUCAUCAGGGAAAUGGAGGCCGCCCCUCAUUUGAGAAGAUCUCGAAAGUUCUCCAAUCCAUAAUCAGAAUAAGCUACGAACGCGUAUUCAUCAUUGUGGACGCCCUUGACGAAUGUCAAGAAUCUAACAGUUGCCGAAUGCGAUUUAUAGAAGGCCUUUUUGUCCUUCAACAGUGUGGAGCAAAUAUAUUAGCGACUUCGAGGCCCAUCACGGAUAUCACGGACAGAUUUAACAAGAGCACUUGGCUAGAGAUACGUGCAAGCGCUGAUGACAUACGCACAUACGUAAACGGCCAGAUUUCACAGGGAAGAUCAAGAAUCUUACUCAAAAUGCGAGCAGAGGCCUCUACAGGAAUAGCGAAAGCCGCCGAUGGGAUGUUCCUUCUAGCAAAGCUGGAUUUGGAUUCCCUCUUGGAUGCAAAAUUACCCAAAGAAGUCAAAGAAAGACUAAAAAGUCUUCCCAGGGGCUCACAAGCGUAUAACUAUGCAUACCAGGGAAUUAUGAAGAGGGUAGAGCAUCAAGGCCCAAAAUCUGUCAAAUUUGCCAAGUCUGUUCUAUCAUGGGUCACUUGCGUCAAACGGCCAUUAUUUAUAUCAGAACUUCAGCAUGCUCUUGCCAUAGAGAUUGGCGAGAGUAAAUUUGAUGAAGAAUAUCUUCCACAGGUCCACGACCUAAUCACAGUUUGCGCCGGCUUGAUCACGCUUGACGAGAACAGCAAUACCAUUCGGCUAUUCCAUUAUACAGCACAGGAAUACUUCGAACAGACGCAAAUUGAAUGGUUUCCAGAUGCAGAAAACGAUAUUACACAGACUUGCAUCACUUAUCUCUCGUUUGACGUCUUCGAAACUGGAGUUUCUUCAACAGAUACCGCAUUCGAAAUGCGGAUGCAGUCAAAUCAGCUCUAUGAUUAUGCGGCCCAUCAUUGGGGCCAUCACGCUCGGAAACCAGAAGUUCUCGACCCACUAGUUCUAGAUUUUCUAAAGAGCGAGACAAAGGUGGAAGCUUCGAUCCAAGCAUUGUUCGUCAAUACGAGUGGACUUCACUUGGCAGCGUACUUUGGAAUCGAGAAAGCUGUCGCAGCCCUGCUUAACUCAAAUCAUCCAGAUCUCAAGGAUAGCUAUGAUCGGACACCGCUAUCGUGGGCCGCUGAGAAUGGCCAUGAGGCUGUCGUGCAAUUGCUGCUUAAUGAGGGGGCCGACUCCAAGGCGAAAGAUCAAUCAAGCCUGACACCACUUUCUUGGGCUGCUAUGAGCGGACAUGAGACAAUCAUAGUUGAAUUGCUUCUUUGCGGAGGUACUGAUGCAACGAUUGUGAAUGAUGGGUGGUUCCCAUUACAUACAGCUACAGGCAAAGGACAUGUCGAUAUAAUUGAGCUAUUAAUCGACUUAGGCAGAGUGGAAGUUAAUUCGAGAGAUUAUAAUGGUCUGACGGCGUUGCAAGUGGCUGUUCAGAGGAGGCACAGAGAUGCUGUGCGUUUAUUGCUUAG